ACAAAGUUUGUUUGACAGCCAUAUACAUGUUUAAUGCCUUCAAACUUAUGUUUUUUUGCGGAUUUUUAUCGUAAAAGUCAUAUUAUGAGAAGAAGUCAGAAGGACCGGUUUGUCUAAAGUAAUUGUACUGGUUCAAGCUACGGGACAAAUCAUGUAAUGACGUAAUCUGGUGUAAGUGGAGCAACAUUUUGAGUUGGUCACCUACCUGCAAAUUCAGCGCAAUACCAGCUAAUAGCUAGCUAACCUUAGCUAGUUAUCCAGCCAAUUAAAGCAAUGCCUUGAUGACAGCAUUUAGCUAGCUAACAACAGAGACCUAGCUGCUAGUUUAGCUAGGAAUAGUUGCUCAUUGCAAACGUGAAUUUCCGACAUGUGGUGCACGUAUUUGUACAUUUAUACGAAUUGCAUAAAUUGAUGCUUCACCUCUGGGCGAGCAAACCCUCGAAACACAGUCGGCCAAGAAUGGAACCAGGGAGCUCGCGUGAAAGUCCAUUCGGUUCCGGGGGUCCCGAUCCGUCGGACAUACGCGAGGAGACCCCCGGCGGAGAGGCUGAGGAUGGGGACAACAGCAUCCUGAGAGAAGGGGGAGGGAACGAAAACACUCUGGACAACAUGAAAACAGAAUGUGAGGAUGAUGGUGACACUGGGAAAAAUGUUGAUGCUGCUAAUGAAGAAGGCAAGUUUAUAAUUUUAUUGAACGUGUCUGAGGAGCUAGAGCACCUCAAUCAGGCCAGUGAUGAAAUCAACAAGCUGGAACUGAAACUGGAUGAUGCUAGGUCCAGCUACAGGAGGAUCCUCACUGACUCAGCCAGGAAGCUCAAUGCUCAGGGCUCCCAGCUAGGGACCUGCAUUGAGAAGGCCAGGCCCUACUACGAAGCCCGCAGACUAGCCAAAGAGGCCCAGCAGAAGACGCAGAAGGCAGCGUUGCGGUACGAGAGAGCCGUCUCCAUGCAUACGGCUGCCAGGGAGAUGGUGUACGUGGCAGAGCAGGGGCUCCUGGCAGACAGGAACACUCUGGACCCCAACUGGCAGGAGAUGCUCAACCACGCCACCUCCAAGGUUAACGAGGCAGAGGAGGAGCGGCUGCGGAGUGAGAGGGAACACCAGCGGGUCACUCAGCUGUGCCAAGAGGCAGAACAACGUGUCCAGACCCUCCAGAAAUCCCUCAAGAGGUUCAUCAUCAAGUCCAAACCUUAUUUCGAGCUCAAGGCUCAGUUCAACCACCUACUAGAGGAGCACAAGGCAAAGGUGGUGCAGCUGGAAGAACGCGUUGCAAGAGUAAAAAUGCGCUACUCCGUCGCCCUGCGCAACCUGGAGCAAAUCAGCGAGCAGAUCCAUGCCCAGAGGGGGCGUGUCCGAGCCACCAGGGCCCGCCCCGUAGCCUGCGGUGGGCGGAGCUCCCCAGUGGGGGCGGAGGCUGAGGUCAAAGCUGCGGUCGGGGUUCAGGUUGGAGGAGCAUGUGGCGGAGGAGGAGGCUUGGAUGAGAAGGACUGGGUUGAUGGAGAGAAGACCAGGCAGUGGGUGGAGAGACACAGAGAGCAGGGCUGGGGUCACAGGGAGAGGGGGGAGGCAGGGUCAGACUCCAUGUCUGUCAUCAGCCUCCAGACCAUCGCCUCGGACCUGGAGAAGUGCGACUCGGUGGGGCACCUGGGGGACCUGAGUGACGUUAGCAGCCUGAUGGGAGAGGACUGGGAGAGGCACCGGUCCCUGAUGGCUGAGAACAGAGAUAGGAACCCAAGGGCAGAGGAGAGAGUUGUGAGGGAGGUGGACAUCCCUGCUCCAAGGCAGGAUAGAUUGGAGGUGGUGAGGGGGGUGAGCGGGAGACAGGAGAGCUUUGUCAAGCAGCACCACAGAAGUGUGAGUUUGUGAGACCAGAAUAGAAGGCACUGUGUGAUGAAUGAUCAGAUAAAGGAAUGAAAUCAAGAGAGAGCAAAGAAUACAAACGGCGAUUGUUUGAUGGAUUGAAAUGUAGAACACUGACAAUGAGUCCCAAAUAGAACCCUAUUCCCUACAUAGUGCACUACUUUUGACCAGGGCCUAUAGGGAAUAGGUUGCAAUUUUGCACACAACCCUGCAUCAUUGUGACACUGCAGAGGGGAGUACCAGGGAAGUGGAGGGUGGCUGGUACAUCAUGCACACAGAGAGAGAAGAAGAAGAAGAAGUGUCAGGCGAUUCACUAGGUCCUUGUGGGACUUGUAGUUCCUACACUCUAAUCUGUCUAUUGUUCAACACCAGUAAGAUAUCAGUGACCUGAGGUAAAGCUAGUCUUAACACAGUACUGUGUGUAAAUACAGAGACAUAAUAGAUAACUUUACUUACAGUUUCACAUGCAGCUGAAUGUUUUAAGCAGCAAAGUUUAUUUUAUCAAUGCUAUUUCGAUUUUGACAUUAGUCCCAUUAAAAAGCCCUUUGUGCUUUUUUUCCCAAAUUGAUUGAAUUACCACAGAAUUCGGUUUCCUCUCGUCCUUGGAAUGAACCAAAGGUGUUGAUACAAGCAAUUACUGCUCUCUCUCUCUCUCCCUCUUGAGUAAAAAUAGAUUUUAAAAACAUUUUAAUUUAGUUAUUAGACCUGUUUUGUGUUUUUACCCCAGUAGAAUGUUCUGGAAAUGUUCCCAGCACCUCGAGGGCCAACGACUCCCUCAGACACCAGACUGAAUGUCUCUGUCACUCACAUUGACCCUUCUCUGACCUUUCACAAUCCCUCAGACACCAGACUGAAUGUCUCUGUCACUCACAUUGACCCUUCUCUGACCUUUCACAAUCCCUCAGACACCAGACUUAAUGUCUCUGUCACUCACAUUGACCCUUCUCUGACCUUUCACAAUCCCUGCUUUCUGUCGGGAAGAAAAAAAAUGAGUCUGCUAUCCUGAUCUGACACAACAAUGUGUGUCCAAAAUGGGACCCUAUUCCAUACGUAGUGCACUACUUUUGACAAGGGCACAUUUUGGGGUCUGGUCAAAAAAUAGUGCACUAUAUAGGGAAUAGGGUGACAUUUAGGACUCAUACAAGAUGUUACACUGCAUGGUGGGAAAUGGUUCUAAUUAACUCAUUUUUAGUAUUGGGUAAACCAUAAAUAACUUUUUUGUUGUUGUUGAGGAACAUCAAAAAUAAGAUUUUUAAUUUUACUCAAAUGUAUUUUAAGUGCCUUUGACCCGCCCUAAUUUUUAUUUUAUUUUUGAUUUUUGACAUAUUCAAGGAAUCCCAAUUCUAACCAUUAAUUAUUUAAUUUCUUAAUGGUCUUCCUUUUUAAUCGUGAGACAAUUUUUAGUGAAGUUUUCAUUGUUUUAGAUUUAAAUACUUUAACAGUGUUUUACCAUAGUUAACAUAGUUGACAAAUGUACCUGCAUUUCAUCUACUCUUAACUCCACUAAAUUGUGUUGUGCAACGCCUGGGUGUAGUAGAUGGCUACGUUGUUUUUGUAUCGGGGUUUUCACUUCCUGGGGUUAUUUUUGAACCAGUUUCUUCUCCUGUUCAUUUUGUACCUGUUGACGGGUACCUUACCUUGAUUUUAUUGAUCUCACCAGACACGGACACUA